AUGAUUUUAACUCUAUUUUUUGGGCUGUCAUUUCAGCUAUCCACUGAUUAUGGCAUUGAAGUAGAAACAGUUUCUAAUUGGGACCGUCCUCUCUUAUUUGAACAGAUUUUCUACUUUAUUCUUGAUUAUUCCAAAGAAGUUUCACAUCAAUACUUGUUUUCAGUUCUAGAAAACAUCGAAUCAGAAGACAUUUUAAUGGAACAAGCAGAAAAAUUGCUACCACAUCAUAUGUUUUCUCUUUUGAAAUCUGAACUCGAAAUAGGUUCUUUACUUCCAAAGAUACAAUAUACGAAAAGCAUUAAAGACAAAGAAUCUAUGCGCAUUUACAAAACAGAUUUCGUUAUAGGAUCACCAACCACAGUUACAUUUUUAAAUUUACAUGAGAACUCUAAUGCAAAGAUUGUUUUAGACAUGAUUAAAAACCAAAAAGAUCUUUUAUUAAGACUCGAUAUCCCAGUAUUACCAGGCGAAUACAAAUUACGUGGUUAUGGAAUUUCAAUUCGUCCAACAUCAAUGGAAACCGAUGAUCAAAUAGGUCAAGAGAAGCGAACAAAUCUCGAUCAAAAUAUUCCUAUCGAUAAUACAACGAAAUACAUCGAAAAUUAUAUUUUUAAUGAAGAUCAACACGAAACAUCGCAAGAAAACAUGUAUUUAAUGGUUUAUGAGUAUAUAAAGAAUCAUAAAGACGUUCCGCUUCUUCGAAUUCUUCGUGAUAUUACAAAUAAUUGGCCAGCAUUUAAAGAAGACGUUUUUUCGACGAAAGUAUCACCCGAAACUAUCGAAUCCUUCCAAAACAUCAAUAAGAUCAUAUCAAAAUACAGCGAUUAUCACUCAAUUAAUGGCAGAAUUUUUGAAAGUCCAAAUUUUGACAUUUUUACUGUUUUUGACAUCAUUAAACGUGAAAGAACGUUUAUAGAUAUACUAAACAACACAUUCGGCAUCAAAAUAGAAGAAAUUAAUAGAUUAUCUCGAGCAGACAUUUCAUCCAUGGAUAUUUUAUUUGAUUAUCGGUUUCAAUACAUUGAUUUCUACACAGAUGGCAAAUGUAGUGAAGGAAUUUCGUUUUCUGAAGAAGAUCAACGAAAACUCGGUUUUGAUAUUUCUAAAACAAAGAAAGUUGUUGAUUUUAUUUCAUAUCUUGAUUUAUCAAGUAAAGAAGGCCGAGAAUCUCUUAAAACAUCUCUCCAACUAUCAGUAAUUAAAGAACUUCCAAUCAGAAUCGGUUUUGUUCCUUAUUUCAACACUGAAAACAAAAAUUUCAGAAAAAUUUCAUUUGCUUAUCAUCAUUUAGCAAUAAAGAACCCCAAACUUGCAGUAGAAUUCAUUUAUCAAAUUGUUUUGCGCGAAAAUGAUAAUGAAAUUGAUAUUUUAGCUGAAAAAAUUUAUAAUACAUUAACAUGGCAAAGAAGUGAUUUUUUGUCAUGGUCUGAAUUGCAUCAACUUUAUUCACCUGAUACUGCAGUAUUCCAGCGAUUAAAUUCUGUUAAUAGAUAUUAUCGGGAUAAAGGAAUUCUUUUAAAUACUAUUUGUGUCAAUGGAAAGAUUGAACGAAUAGAAAAUUCUUAUGCGAAAUAUUUAAUGAUUAUUCUUGAAAUCAUGAAAAUUUACAAUGAAAUUAAUGUUGAAGAAAAUAAUUUAGAUCCAAUUGAAGUAAUGAAUAUAACUAACUUUGUUGUUAAUUCUCUUCGAAGUCCUUUGUCUCCUACAAUUGAAAAACAUGGAACGAAAAUUUACAUGAAAUCAUUGUCAGAACAAAAAGAAUUUAUUCAUAAAUUUCAAAACAUUAAAUGGGAUCAUGUUGAUUCAGAAAUAACGAAAAACUAUUAUAUUUUAUUGACAAAUGAAACAGAUAAUAAAGUAUUUCGUGAUUUCAUGCAAAAACAACAUAGAUAUCCAACAGCUUUUGCUAUAAAUCCUGACACAGAUUUGUUCAAAUUUAAGAAAUAUCCUGUAUUAAUUUGUGGUGGAUUAGUGUUUGAAAAAUUCGAAGUAACUGAAGAAAACUUGUUUGAAAUUGAUAAUUUCUUUUCUGUUUCUAUUUCUCAAUCAUUGAAUACUAUUUUAGACAGUAAUAAUUCUUUGUUGUAUUAUUAUUUAAUAACAAUGUAUACUGAUUGGUAUUCUUCAGGAAUUGAACGUGGAUCUGUUAAUCCAGAGCUGUUCCAAGUAGAUCAAGAUAUUGUUCAUUUAGAUAAUGAUGGAGAUUUCGAAUGGGAAAUUGUUUCAAAUCCUUUAUCUGAAAGUUUCCAAGAAUCAAUAGAUAUAAUUAAAUAUGUAAGUGAAAACAAACUUGCUAAAGUUAAAUUACUUGCUGCUCCUGCUAACGACAUAAUUCCGCGUGUAACUUGUUUUAAUUUCUUUUAUAGAUCUUCUUUGAAUUCUGAUGUUGUUUUAUUUACUCAUUUGAAUGAAAUGACGAGAUAUAAUAUGAUUUUAUCAAAUCCUUCUUCAUGGAUAACAUCACAAUUCCAUGCUGAUAUAGAUCCAAACAAUAUUUACCUUGAAGAUAAAGAACCUGGUCUUUACAAAGUUAAAUAUGUUCUUGACAAAAUUUGCGUUGAAGGAAAACUUCGGAAUUUGUAUUACAAUUCUCGAAAAUCAUUUUUGAAGUUUGAUUCUCAAUCUAUUGCACAAUUAAAUCGUUUAAUGUAUUGGCAAGCACCAACAUUACCAGGUCGUCAUUAUAUUUCUGAUGUUUUAGAGUAUGAUGUUGAUAGUUUUGCAACAAAUUUGAUUCCUUUCGACAAAAAUAUAUUUAUUAAUGCAGAAUUUAAUGUAUCUGAAGAAUAUAUUAAUAUUUUCACAAUUCCUACUGAUAAAGCUCAUGAAAAAUGUGCGAAAGUUAUGAUGAUGUCAGUAAUGAAACAUACAAAAUCAAAAGUGAAGUUUUUCAUUUUUAAGAAAUAUCUUUCUUUCGAUUUUAUUCAAUCGAUGCCAGAAUUUUCCAGAAAACAUGGCUUCAAAUAUGAAUAUGUUGAUAUGAAUUGGCCGAAUGUAAUGUUUUCUCAAUAUGAUCUCAAGAACAGUUCUCUUGAAUAUAGACUUUUAUUCCUUGAUAUGUUACUUCCAUUUAAUAUUCCUCGUGUUAUUUUUAUUGAUUGUCAAACAGUUGUUAGAGGAGAUAUAAGUAAUUUAUAUAAUUCUCAUAUGAAUGGUUUAAUUAAUUUCGUUGGAGAUUCCAAUUCUCAAAAAAUAUCAUCUAAUGUAUUUGUAGCUGAUUUGACGAAAUUUAAACUUACAAAUAUUGGUGAUCAAAUGAGAUAUCUUUCUUAUAUAUGGCAAUAUAACUUAAAUACUCCAAAUGAUGCAAGUUAUUUGACACAACUUACAAAAAUUUAUCCAUCUGAUUUAUUUGGAAAAGAAUUGUUUUGGUGCAGAGAUUGGUAUCCAAUAAGUGAUAUGGAAAAUGCAUUAUUAAUUUGGUAUGGACCAAGUUCUUCUGAUGCAUCAUCAAGUUUUGAAUUUGCUUAUAAUAAUAUUCCUGAAUGGAAAGAUUAUAUCAAUGUUCUUCAGAAUAAUAUAGAAUAA